UUGUCGCUGUUUGAUGACGUAGUAAACUUCCGCUCCGUGACCGUGAGUUAUUUGACAUGUUGGACGCAUGGAUGUAGUAGUUUGGACGGAAAAGUAACGUGCUGACAACAAAUAUGAUGAAUUUAUCAGCGUUAGUUCACAGCCUCAGGUGCUCUUUGUUACACAUUGAGAGGAGACUCGUGCAGGCGGCCGGACUGGACACACAGCUGGCUCCAGCAUUGGCAGUGAACGGUCCCAGCCUCCUGCCUCAGCUCCACAGGGAGGAUGAACUGGAGGAGCAGCAGAGCCCGGAGCAGCCUCCUGGCCUCAUGGACAGCAUCCUAUGGAUGGCUGCACCAAAGAAGAGACGCACCAUAGAGGUCAACCGCACCAGGAGGAGAGCUGUUGAGAAACUCAUAAAAGUCAAGACCAGCAUUGAGCCGUGCCCAGAGUGUGGCCAUUUGAAGCAGAAACACAUCUUGUGUGCCUUCUGUUACGCCAAGGUGUGCAAGGAGACAGCUAAGAUUCGUUAUCAGAUAAAAGCGAUGGAAGGUGGCCCGCUGGGAGCCCCGACUGUGGAGACUGUCAUCCUGUAUGACGGUGAAACACCAAGUCAGCAGGACAAGGACAAGAGGAUAGUGGAGAUGCCCAGGAAGAGGCCGUACUGGUUCAGCUAUUGAUGCUAGGAUAUUAACACUGUGUGUGAUGCAUACUUUGAGUUUGACACAAGUCUGGUCAGACGCACACUGAUUCUUUACAUAAUGUAACAAACAGCGUUUAUUUGUCCAGUCUGUUGUUCGUUAAAUGAAGAAGGCUGAUGUGUUAGUUUUGUUUCCACAAACAACUUCCAUAAAACGAUUGAUCAGCACUGACAUCAGGAGCCCUGAUAAAUGCUGGCACAUCAGACAUACCUGUUCACUGAUCUCUGUGAACAUACUGAUUGAUGUGUGUGUUUAGGGCAGCCUCAAGGUCAUUGGAGUUUAAAGCAUCAGAUGUUUUGUCAUGCUUCAACUGCUAUAUUUCAUAUUUUCAUCUGAGAUAUUUACUGUAUAUUUGAAUGUUUGAGAAUAAAUUCGUUAUUUGAGAAAAUAAUUUUAAUGUAUCUGCUUUGUUCACCUUUUAAAAAUAAAUGAGACCAUGCAGUGUACAAGGCAAUGAUUACAUAAUUUUUACUUUAAAGAUUACUUUUUGGCCUUUAAUGACAGGACAGUCAGAGGUGUGAAAGGGGAGAGAGAAGGCCAUGGGCUGGAAUUGUGCCCACAGCUGCUGUGGCAAGGACAUUGCCUUUGUACAUGGGGCAAGUGCUCUACUCACGGGGCAAAUGGGCGCCCCUAUAUUAGUUUAUUUGUUAUUAAAGGUGAAUGAAUGCUUAAUGAUAAAGUAAGAAACAGUGAAAUAGUUUGUAUGGUCUGUGCUCUGUUGUUGGCAUUAUACAAGGGGAUUAGUAGUGUUAACAUUUUCUUUGACCUCUUAUUAAGACCACUAAUUGUGGUUAGCUGGGCUGUCAAACUUAAUUUACUGGUACUAGUAAACUGAAAUGUAAUGACAAUUAAAGAUUAGGAACCUA